UCCGUUUUGCUCCAACCAUUGGAUGUUGGAAUGUUGUAGGACGUGGACGACUGUACAGAAGAUGAAUUAGGGGGAGACCGGUGGGAAACCUACAGAAGGAGAACACGAAUGGAAAGACGUAAGUAGAUGGUUUGUUGAUUAUCAGCUGGCACUGUGCUGACGCAUGUAGUUACAUUGACAUGGCGAAAUUGGGAGUUUUGCUUUGGCGGAUAUCGGAUUGGCGUUUUUGGAUUUCUGCUGGAUUUGUACUACUGGGUCUAUGUUCGUCUCUUCGCGAGUCGUUUUCAUUCCAGACAUUUUAUGCUUGUUGUAUUAGUAUAGCGUUGCAGUUUGGGGUCUGGGAAACGUUCAAGCGUCGCAUCACUUGUAGAUACCCUAUUCCAUCUCUUUGGCCACGAGAAGAAAGGUGUACGAGCUCUCUUGCCGUGUGCUAUUUUACCUUUUCGUUUCUUGACACUUACCUCUCCAGCUGAUUGUUGCCAUUUUUUCAUAGUCGCAACCUUCAUCCAU